UAAUAUCUGGUCACCUCAUCAACAAUUUGUAUCUCAAAAACACAUCGUGUUUAGUAAAUAGGAAUUCAGAAUUCAGUAUUUGACCGACAACUGAUCGCAAAAGUUAAGAAUAAAAUAUCAAUGACAUUACUUAUAUUGCUGCUAACUCUUAUAGCCACAUUUUAUGUUUGGCUUAAGCGUUAUUAUGCGUACUGGCGUAUCAAAAAUAUACCUCAUGAACAACCAAAAUUAUUUAUGGGCAACAUGACAGGUAUUGGUAGAACUCACCACUGGAAGGACAUAAACCAACGCAUCUAUAAGCAAUUUAAAGGCACUGCACCAUUUGUGGGCUUUUAUACAUUCAUGUCCAAAGCUGCUUUCAUACUAGAUCUGGAUCUAAUAAAGCACAUACUAGUUAAAGACUUCAGUAAUUUCACGGAUCGGGGUUUUUUUCAUAACGAACGCGAUGAUCCUUUAACAGCUAAUUUGUUGUUUUUGGAUGGUGAGCCUUGGCGUGCAUUACGCCACAAGCUUUCACCUGUCUUCACUACAGGCAAAAUUAAGUAUAUGUUUUCAACUAUGGUCACAGUUGCGGAAAACUUAGAGGGAGCAUGCCAUAAAAUUGUAGACAAAAAAGAAGGCCAAUUUGAUGCUAAGGAUUUAUUUGCACGAUACACUACGGAUAUGAUUGGAAGCUGUGCUUUUGGUUUAGAAUGUCAUAGCUUAACAAAUCCAAAUAGCGACUUUCAACGAAUGGGUAGAAAAAUUUUGGAAGAACCGCGUCACUCACCAUUUGUACAGGCAUUUAUGUUUACGGCUCCAGACCUAGCACGUAAACUGCGCAUGAAAACAUUCACUGACGAAGCAACGGAAUUCUUCCUAAAAGUAGUCCAAGAAACAGUAGAGUACCGUGAGAAAAAUAAUAUUAAACGCAACGAUUUUAUAGAUUUAUUAAUUGAACUGAAAACUCAUCGAGAUUUGUUGGGAGAAGAUGCUAUACCAGACGAUCAAUCAAAUGGGUUUACUUUGAAACAAUUAGCUGCCCAAGCGCUGAUAUUCUUCCUAGCAGGUUUCGAUACUUCAUCUUCCACAAUGGCUUUUUGCAUAUAUGAGCUUGCCAUCAAUCCACAAAUACAGGAACUUUUACGGAAUGAAAUUUUCGAUGUACUCGAAAAAUAUAAUGAGAAGCUUUGCUACGAAUGCAUAAAGGAAAUGUAUUAUUUAGAAAAAGUAAUAUCAGAAACACUCCGCAAAUAUCCAGUUCUGCCACAUAUCGCAAGAAGAACCUUAGCCAAUUACAACGUACCGAACACCAAUUUCACUUUUGAAAAAAAUUUGCGUGUAAUUAUACCAGUCGAUAGUAUUCAUCACGAUCCGGAGUUAUAUCCCGUACCUGAAAAAUUUGACCCUGAACGUUUCUCUCAGGAACAGAUUGCUAAACGACAUCCCGCCGCCUAUUUACCAUUUGGUGAUGGACCACGCAAUUGCAUUGGCAAACGUUUCGGCACAUUACAGGUACAAAUCGGCAUUAUAGUUUUAUUAAAAAGUUUCAGAAUAAGUAUAACAGAGCACACUGAAAUUCCGGCGCGAUACUCUCUUAAGGGCUUUCUCCUCACACCAACUGCCGGCAUGAAACUAAAAUUUGAAAAGCUUUAAUCAAUAUAAAUAUAAAACCAGUAACGCUAAUAUUAACGCCAAUAAUAAACAUCAAAAAACAAUAAUUCUAUGUAUCUUUAUAUCGAAGCAUCACUCACUUUAAUUUAUUAUUUAUGAAUAUAAACAAACUGUCAACUCGAUUAGGGCAUAUGUGCGAUUACUUAUUAUGUUGUGCCAGAGAAGAGAGUGGUAGCUCACUCUUGCCGGCUAUCAUUCAGAUGAUAAAAGUCUUCAUCUUUAAUUUCUCAAUUAUUACUGCAUUUAUCCUCUCCAUGUCCAUUGAAGACUGCUCUCAUUCUCCUGAAUAAUCUAACUCAAAUUCUGAAAUUCUUUGUUCUCUGAGAGAUUCAGAAGAUUAGAAGCGACAAGCGAUCAAACAAAGUUCAGAAAUGUAUUUAUACGACUAUAUCGCUUUAAAAAUUGUAGAUACUUGUCGUUAUAUAGCCGA